UUACGGUAGACAUAUGGAUUUCUGUAAGCAACGAUAGUCACACAAUCUAACGUGUUAGUUUUACGGUUGUGACUUGUACGAUUAUGACAAUGAUGCAGAUAUAAGGAUGAAGUAUUCUAUAAUUUAUAUAUCACUGUUUGUGAUAUUAUUUCACAGUUAUGGUAAGGUAACUGGAAAUGUACAUCGACAGAAGAGGGACGGUCCGUAUGGUCACCCGAUAUAUCCGGCACAUGACGCACCUUCACAUUCUUUGCCCCCUUUCAACCAUCGCCAUUCGCCAUCUUUCCAUGGACGCCUAGUUCCAAAAUUUUCACACGCCAAUCCAUUGCCUGAUCCAGAUGGCCACCCAUCACCACCAUCGCCUAUAAAAUAUAGACACCAUUCUCAUGGCAAACAUUACCAUACUAUUGAUCUGCAUGCUAAUGUUCCCAAAAUUGAUAGACAUUCCAAAGGUUCGCAUAAUAAAUCUUCAGCCAAGAAUAAAACAACGAACAUUAAAGCCACGCCAACUUUUAUUGUUAGUAAAUCUCCAUUUACUCCACCGAUAAAAUCUCCAUUCUCUCCACCGCCGAAGUUUGUACGUCCACCACAAAUUUCUCCUUUUACGCCACCGAGUAGAACUCCAUCUCCGACAACUACGAGAUUCCUUACUUCAACAACAACACCAAAAGAAGUAGUUACCUCUUCAGACGGAUAUUAUUAUUACUACUAUUAUGAUUAUCUUCAUGAUGGAGGUGGCGGAGGAGGAGGAGGUUCCAUUGGUAGCGGCGAGGGAGAUGCUGGAGGGGGCGGUGCACCCAAUCCCCGUCCUCCACCACCCCCACCGCCUGGCAAACGACCACCUCCACCGCCUGGCAAACGACCACCUCCACCGCCUGGCAAACGACCACCUCCACCCCCACCAGGAAUGCCACGACCUCCAAGGAUACCACCACCGGGAAAAAGACAACCACCUGGAGCACCCCCACGCCUACCCCCACCUCCGCCAUCACCAGGUAAACGCCCCCCUCCGCCACCCCCAAGACCAGGUAAACGACCACCGCCACCUCCUCGCCCACCAGGUAAACGACGACCACCGCCACCACCUCGCGCACCCGGUAAACGGCCACCUCCACCUCCACCUGGUAAACGGCCACCUCCACCUCCACCCGGUAAGCGACCGCCUCCACCUCCACCAGGACUUCCCAAGCUUCCCUCACCAGGAAAACGACCACCACCACCGCCUCCUCGUGGAAAGCGUCCACCAGGAAAACGACCACCACCACCACCUCCUCGUGGAAAGCGUCCACCGCCACGUCCAAUACCACCCUAUGCACCUCUUCCACCUCGUCCACGACCACCACCACCUCCACCAAAAGGUAAACGUCCCCCACCUCCACCAAAGGGUAAACCGCCCCCACCGCCUCCAAAAGGUAAACCCCCUCCACCUCCACCCAAAGGCAAACCGCCGCCACCUCCACCAAAAGGUAAACGGCCUCCACCUCCCCCCAAAGGCAAACCGCCGCCACCUCCACCAAAAGGUAAACGGCCUCCACCUCCCCCGAAAGGUAAACGACCUCCACCUCCCCCAAAGGGUAAACGUCCUCCACCUCCCCCGAAGGGUAAACGGCCUCCACCCCCAAAGCGGCCCCCACCUCGUAGGCCGGGCCCCCUUCUCCCAUACGCUGUACCCCAAAGGAGACGUAAAAGACACGGCCCCCCUCCUUCGUUUGCUUACGGACCUCCUCCCCCACCCCCUCCUCAUGGACAACCACCUCACCCUCCUCCUUACGGUCACCCCCGACCCCCACAUCUUGGUCCACUUCCGCCGCCUAUUAACGGACCGCCGCCUCCUCUUCCACCAUACGAUCUAGAUCCACCUCAACCGCUGUUCCGAUUUAAGCGUCAAGAAACGCUAUAUCCUCCCCAUGGCGUGCCAAUUCAUCAGUCUAGUCGUGGAAGUACGAGUGAAGAAAGACUCAACAGAUAUCACCCUGUACCACCAGGAGGCCCACCACAUAACGGUCCACACUCCUUGCACCAACCUCCGCCUCCUGAAUAUGGGCCACCUAUUCCACCUGCAUAGGAUCGGAGUAAAAAGUGAACAAAAUUUGACAAAAGAAAGUCGAUCAAAGUGUUGAACUGAUAAAAGGUUACUAAAUACAAGCAGUGCUAACAUAAACCGCCUUAUUUUUUAUAAACAGUUUCUUUUUAUUUCAUGUUUCGAUGGAAAUUGUAGUAAGUCGGUGAAAUAAGUAUAAACAAGCCAAAAACAUUACAAGAAAAAGCGAAUGAAAUUGGCCGUAUUAUGUGUAUUGUUUUAAAAUGUGUCUCAAUAGCCCUGUUCAUAAAAUUGCGAGAAAUAUCUAAUUGUGAACAUCGAAGGGGCAAGUGUAUUCAUCAUUCUAAAUAUCUUUAAAAUUAGGUUAGAUAACCGAAUGUACAUAGACGUUUUAUUUUAUAGAAGGGUUUAUUUGUAUCAAAUUCUCUUUGUAUAAUCGUAUGAAUAAAACAUUUAUAUUUUUA